AGAGGACACGCCUCCGCCACAUUCAAAAUGGCGGCCGCGCUGGCCCACUUGGGUGUUUGAGCACGUCGCAGGUCGCUCCACUCCAAUCAUGGCGGCCUCCGGACCGGCGGCGGCUGCGCCGAGUGGCGUUCUGGUGACAUGUGGUCUGGAGCAGGUUCUGGAAGCGCUGAAGUUGCUGCUGAGCCCGGGAGGAUCAGGCUCAAGUUCACUACAGAACACAAAGCACGAUGUCCUGCUGCAGACUCUAAAAUCUAACCUGUCUGCGUUGGAGGCCAAGUUUCUGAAGGAUGCUCAGUGGAAGAAACUCAAAGCCCUAAGAGAUGAACUUGCUGAUAAGGCUGAAUGGCCGCAGAGCUCCGAGGAUAUCACUUGGAGUUUCACCUCUCAAACCUUGUUGCUGCUGCUGUGUCUGAAGGAAGUCCUGGCCCGCCUCGUAGCUGAUUUCAAUCCUGGCAAACCUAACCCCAGGACUCCAGAAGCCGCCCCUGCCCUCAGUCCAGAUACACUCAGCGUCUCCCAACAGAAGACCUUCCAGUCUGUUCUGCAGUUUGUAGUCACCUUGGGCGUCUGCCCCUACCUCAUUCCUGGCGUGGGAGUCCCUCUGAGAGACAGGACUGAGUUUGGAGCUGUUGUUCAGGAUGUUGUACGUCUGGAGGCUGCCCCCCAUGCCACCCGGAGACUGUACAUCUGCUGCAGGGUCCUUCUCGACCUGGCGCAGCAUGCAUCUCUGGGGAGCUUGAUUUUUUGCCGCCAUUUUGGGGAUAUUGCAGCAGGUCUGUGCCAGCUGGGAUUCUGCCCAACCAAAAGAAAACCACCAGGACCUGUGGAAGAGGUUUUAACAGAAGAGGAAAGAACCUUAUCAAGGCGGGCCUUGCGAGACAUCUUGGAUCAAGUCUAUCAACCAUUGGCUGUCCGGGAAUUACUUACCCUCCAGGGAGGACCACGCCAGCCCUGUACAGAUGUGAAGACACAGCUAAGGUGUCGGGCCCAGGCCCCAGCAUGGCUCCGCCGUCUAUGUGGGCAGCUGCUCUCUGAGAGGUUGAUGAGACCCAACGGCGUUCAGGCAGUAGUGCGGGGCAUUCUGGAAGGAGCAGGUGCGGGCGCGGCUGGUGGGAGCGAUGCUGAGGCCACAGCUGCCGACUGGAGGAAGUGUGACUUGAUUGCAAAGAUCCUGGCCUCUUGUCCCCAGCAGUCCCUUUCCCCAGAGAGCUACUACAAGGACAUCUGCCCGCAGAUUCUGGACUUAUUCCACCUUCAAGAUAAAUUGACAGCACGGCAGUUUCAGAGAGUGGCCACUACCACCUUCAUAACUCUGUCCAGGGAGCGCCCAGAACUGGCAGCAAAGUAUUUGCUUCAGCCCAUGUUAGCACCUCUGCAGCGCUGUUUGAGCACAGCAGAGAUUCCAGAGAGUGACAUGGUGCCAGGAGCUAUUUUGGUGACUGAAGAGGAACUUAGUCGGUGUGUUGAAGAUGUGUUUAAGGUGUAUGUGGUGGCAAAUGAACCUGUCCCAGUGUUGCUGGACUCGCUGCUUCCGCUCCUCCGGGUGUUCUUUUCUCUCUACUGUUUUACCCAGCAGAGUGUGUCUCACAUAAGGUCACUUUGCCAAGAGAUCUUGUUAUGGAUUCUGGUGAAGCUGGAAAGGAAGAAGGCAAUCGCCAGCCUGAAAGGAUUUUCGGGGUUGGACAAAACCGUGCCCACUCUCCACCCUCAGUGUCAGUUUAGAGCCGCUACGCACGGUGGCAUCGUGAUUACCGCCAAAGAGGCCAUUAGCGAUGAUGAAGAUGAAGCCCUGUACCAGAAGGUGUCUUCAGAGCAGAGCCAGGUGGAGCACCUUGGGGACUUGCUGCUGCACUGCCAGCAGUGUGGGUUGGCAGGAGAUUUCUUCAUCUUUUGUCUGAAGGAGUUGUCUCACCUGCUGGAGGACAGAGAAGCAGAGUUCACUCCCAAGCCCUCCUGCUAUGCGAGCCUCCUUGAGUUAGAGCACCACCAGACUCUGCUCAUAGAAGACCAGGAGCGGAAGCUGCAGGUUCUGCAGCUGCUGGCCGUUCUGUGUGAGAAGAUGUCUGAGCAGAUAUUCACACACGUCACUCAGGUAGUGGACUUUGUAGCAGCAACACUGCAGAGAGCAUGUGCAGGCCUGGCUCAUGAGGCAGAGAGCGCCGUGGGAUCCCAAACCCUGAGCAUGUCCAUGGGGCUGGUGGCUGUCAUGCUAGGAGGAGCUGUUCAGUUGAAGUCAAGUGAUUUUGCAGUCCUGAAGCAGCUGCUGCCUCUGUUGGAGAGGGUCUCUAACACAUACCCUGACCCUGUCAUCCAAGAACUCGCCGCCGAUCUCCGAAUUACCAUCUCCACUCAUGGAGCCUUCUCCACUGAUGCCGUCAGCACAGCAGCCCAGAGUACCCUAAACCAAAAGGACCCGGGACAGAAAAUAGAAGAACAGCGACAAACCAGUCCUGACAUAUCUACAGAAGGAGCUCAGAAGCCCCCCAGAACAGGCCAAGGUUCCAGUGGGCCCUGCACUGCCACAAGCCAGCCACCUGGAAGCAUAACCACACAACAGUUCCGGGAGGUUCUCUUAUCGGCCUGUGAUCCCGAGGUUCCAACCCGGGCUGCUGCCCUCCGCACCCUUGCCCGCUGGGUAGAGCAGAGGGAAGCGAGGGCCCUGGAGGAACAAAAGAAGCUUCUCCAGAUAUUCCUGGAGAACUUGGAGCAUGAAGACUCUUUUGUGUAUCUAUCUGCAAUUCAGGGGAUUGCCCUUCUUUCAGAUGUGUACCCUGAAGAAAUCUUGGUUGAUCUGUUGGCCAAAUAUGACAGUGGGAAAGACAAGCACACUCCUGAGACCAGAAUGAAGGUUGGCGAGGUCCUGAUGCGAGUUGUCAGAGCACUGGGGGACAUGGUCUCGAAAUACCGGGAACCUUUGAUCCACACCUUCCUGCGGGGAGUGAGAGAUCCAGAUGCUGCACACAGGGCCAGCAGCUUAGCCAACCUGGGAGAGCUGUGCCAGUGCCUGCACUUCCUGCUGGGCCCCGUGGUUCAUGAGGUGACAGCCUGCCUGAUUGCUGUGGCUAAGACAGACAAUGAUGUUCAAGUGCGCAGAGCUGCAGUCCACGUAGUUGUGCUGCUGCUUCGGGGACUCAGCCAGAAAGCAACAGAGGUGCUGAGCGACGUCCUCAGGGAUCUCUAUCACUUGCUGAAGCACGUGGUGCGCUUGGAACCUGAUGACGUCGCCAAGCUGCAUGCCCAGCUGGCCCUGGAGGAGCUCGAUGAGAUCAUGAGGAACUUCCUGUUCCCGCCCCAGAAGCUGGAGAAGAAGAUUGUGGUCCUGCCAUAGACCUGGUUCACAGAACAUGGAAGAAGGCAGGGGAAACCAAGCAGCCAAAGCAGUGGUCACACACCUCCCAGCAGGUGUCUCCACCGCCUCCUUGGUGCAGACCUGAGGUCUGCUAUAACCUGAAGGUAGCUAUACGGUGCUGGCACCACUUGGGUGUUCAGGGCUACCUUUCUAGAGCGUCCAUUUGGUCACUCUGCAUCUGGCCCAAAGCUUGUGCAGUGAGAAGGGUGAACCCCAUCUAACUACACCCUUCAUCGUCCCAGCCUUUAGAGGAGGCCUGUGUAUAACUGUGGAGCAUUUUCUUCCGGCUGGAGAAGCCGCCCCACCCCCCUGGUCCCACCUUGAUAUCCUGUCAUAGGGAGAUGAUUCUGCCUGUGAUGAGGGACAGGCAGAGCUAUCAUCUGGGUGUGCAGCUGUGGGGAGGGGAAGGAAGCAUUGCUGCUUAAACUACACAAUACGAGAGAAUAAAAGAAUAAAAUUACCUUGGCUGGAAUGAUCAGCCAAUGUGAAUGCUGUCACCGAGCUGGUUGACUUUUGCAGAAGAAGAGUAAGCCCUGUCUGUCCUCUGGGGCCUUUUUUCUUUUUAUUGCUCCUCUGUUUUUACUUGAGCUGCCAUUCAGUCUUCUGCACCUCUCAGGGUGAUGCUGUGACAGUGGAGUGGUCUGAGAAAGGCAGGCAGGGCUUAUGUGGCACAGGAGUGGCCUGCCACCAGCUCACUGAAACAACUUCAGAUUUAGCACUGUGUUCAUCCGCUCUUGGAUUUAUGUAUUUUGGUAUUUUCAUUGCAAAAGACAAGAAAGGGUUAAAAGAAGAAGAAGAAGGAAGAGGAGGAGGAGGAGACUGGGGAGAUAUGGAGAUACCUUAGUCCCUGAAGUACUUAUGCAAACUUGAGGACCUGCGCUCCAUCCUCUGCAUCCAGGUAAAAACACUGCUUGAGGUGGCAUGUGCCUGCAGGCCUAAGGAGCAGGGGAGGGUGCAGGGACAGGUGCAUCCUGGAGGCUCACAGGCUAGCCAGUCUAGUUAAUUAGUCUGUGAGCUCUCAGCCACCAAGAGACCCCACCCCCAUCCCUUUCUCUCUCUCUCUAAAAAAAAAAAAAAAAAAGGGCAGCGCCUCCUGGGAAACAGCACCCAACGUUGACCUUUGGCCUACACACACACAGACACACACACACACACACACUUACAUGCUCGUACAGUGUCUGUUCAACUCAUGAGCCCACAUGAACAUACGCAUACAUGAACAUAUAUACACAGGCACAGUGUGUGUGCAACUUCGUCCACAUGGAACGGAAAGGAAAAGGAAGCAACUGGCUGCUUCCGAUAAGCCCGCUCUGUAGCCUACGCCUUUAUAAGAUGAAUGCGGUGUUCAUCGAUCCCCAGCAUCACAGAGAUAAGUAUAGGACUCUAUCUCGGGACUUUAUCUAUCUCCACUUUCUGGGGUAUCCUGAUCUAAAGGAAGCAGAACUGUGACAGUGCAGGAGACUAUGGAGUGACAUUCAGGUGUUCUCGCCUGUUGGGAGCAAGCCAGAUUACACAGCCUUCUCAGCUUAGCCUUCCCAGUAGGCAUCGCCAGAAAGGUGCCAAUCACUGAUACAAACCACAGGCAGUGUGUCAAGCAAAGGAUCAAACAAGGCUGCCGUCCGUGGCAGCACGUACCUCUGAUCCCAGCACUCAUGAGGCAGAGACAGGUGGACUUCUGAGUUCGAGGCCAGCCUGACCUACAGAGUGAGUUCCAGGACAGCCAGGGCUACACAGAGCUUGAAUGUUUUGAAGGAAUAUUUCUAUUCAGCUAGGGUAGCAGUAUUAGUUUAUAUUUUUUAAAUCAAGAGUGCCUAUAAAGUCAGGGUUGGAGCUGCUUAAGCGAGUGUUACUUAGCCUUUAGAAUACAUCCAACCCAAGGCUGGAGAGAUGGCUCAGCAGUAGAGUACACACUGAUCUUGCCGAGGACCCAAACUUGGUUCCCAGCCCACAUGAGAUACUCACAAUGGCCCGUGGCUCUGGCUCCAGCCGAUUGACACCUCUGGCUUCUUAAGAGUACCAGCACUCAAGCCGGGCGUGGUGGCGCACGCCUUUAAUCCCAGCACUCGGGAGGCAGAGGCAGGUGGAUCUCUGAGUUUGAGGCCAGCCUGGUCUACAAAGUGAGUUCCAGGACAGCCAGGGCUAUACAGAGAAACCCUGUCUCGAAAAACCAAAAAAAAAAAAAAAAAAAAAAAAAAAAGAGUACCAGCACUCACAUGUACAUAAACACACACACACACGUAAUUAAAAGUCAUUUUAAAAUUAUAUAUAAUAUAUUUUAAAAGAUAGAGCCUGCUUCGCAGGCCGAGUACUGUCCACGGCGUUUAGGCCAGUGUGCCUGAAGGUGUACACUGAUGACUUUAAGAUCUUCUCCAUCUGAACACGUCCACCCCUCCCAGCCUUAGUCUCUUUAUCUCUCUGUAUAAGUGGACUCUUAGUUUGAACUGCUAUCAAAGGACUAGAGUAUUUGAUUUUAUUAAUUUUUGGUGUUCUCAAUUUGAGAGAGUAAUUUUUUUCUUCCGGACUUCAUUAUCAAAUUCAAAGGGAAGAUGAUUUAGUGACACCCUUGUAAGCAUGACCAAAUUAUUAAAAACUGUCAGAUAACUCUUCUAAGUCAGGCAUGGUAGUUAACACUUAUGACCAUGGCGCUCACAGGGCUGAGACAGGAGGGUUUUAGUGAGUUCAAAGUCAAAUAUGGGCUGUAUAGUGAGUUCUAAGACAGCUUGGAUCACAGUAUGGAAUUCUAUCUGAAAAAAAAAAUGAAAUCCUAGGGCCUGAAGAUGUCACUGAGCUGCACACAGCGUUGGAUUCAAUCCCCAGUACCUCAAAAAUCGGACACCAUAGUGUAGACCUGUAAUCCCAGCACUUUGGAUAAAAAGGCAAAAGGAUCAUAAAUUCGGAGCCAUCCUCAGCUACAUAGCUAACCUGGGCAACAGGAGACCCUGUCUCGGUUAUAAUUUUUACUGUAAAUUUACUCAUGUGUUUCUGAAUGAAAAGCUCUAAGGAACGAGAAUAAUGGGAUAGGAAAAGCACAAACGUAACUUAAAGGGUCCAUCUGGGCCUGGUGACACAGACCUGUAAUCCCAGCUCCUGGGGAGCUGAGGCAGGAGGGUGUCAAGCUCAAGGCCUGCCUGGGCUGCAGUGAGUUCAUGGAAACCCUGAGAGGACAGGAGUCCUACCUCACACCUACCUCUAUGGGAGGUAGCAGCAUUGCUCAGCCUACAUGAGGCCCUACACGCAAUCCCCAGCCCUGAAAACAAACAAAUGGCAUGAACCCCAAAGCUGGCACGCGGCCGGAAGAACCCUGCUUGCUUGCAUGAUGGAUCCUGAGUGGCCGAGCUCUCUGUCCCACCUCUGACUGUUUGUCCUUUCUCAAGGGGCAGUCCUCUUCUGCUUCCCCUAUUAGUCCUUCCAUCCCACAUCUGUCACUGGCAAGCCUGAGAACAUGAGUUCAAAUCCCAGGAUCUCCAUGAUAGGAGGAAAGGCCCGAUUCCCUCAGGUUGGCCUCUGGCAUCCACACACACCAUGGCAAGAACACCCCUCCCCAGUAAAUGAAUGUAAUGAGACGUUUUCUGUUGCGGGGCGGUGGUGGCACACGCCUUUAAUCCCAGCACUUGGGAGGCAGAGACAGGCGGAUUUCUGAGUUCAAGGCCAGCCUGGUCUACAGAGUGAGUUCCAGGACAGCCAGGGCUUCACAGAGAAACCCUGUCUCAAAACACCAAAAAUAAAAAAAAGACAUUUUCUGUUAAAGUUGCAGGAAGAAUGAGUUAGAAGGGAGGAUGGCGAGUGGUGAGAGCUUCUGGGAGUUGAGACAUGGUGGCCUGGCUGGGAAGCUGGAAGCUGGGCAAGCUGGAGAGAGGGAAGGAGGGCAGGAGGGAGGGAGGGAGGACUGACCACACAGACACGGGAAGAAGAUCUCUGGGAAAGGGAAGAGCAGGCACAAAGCCCCAGAAGGAGAGGAGGCUUGAGGAAGAGCCGGGGUCCAGACAGAGUAAGAGGAGAGUGGCGGAGGGGGCAGGAGGGGGUGCCAGGGGGGUUGUUCACUGAACAAAGCAGGCAGCCACAGACCCAUUUCUCCCUGAAGCCACUUCUUUCCGCUUGUUUCUGGAAAGUGCUAUGAAGCUAAUGUGGUAUGUGUUGUAAAAUUGAAAAUAAAUAUAACCACACACA